AUGCUCACCUUUGAGACUUCCUCCGUUCAGGGUGUCACUAGCAUUCUCGAGAAGCUGACGUCUCUUCCUUUCCAGAAGGUGCGACAUGAAAUCGCUACCUUUGAUGCCCAACCUUCCAACGAGCAGGGUGGUAUCCUGGUCUUGGUUACCGGUGCUCUUUUGGUUGAUGACGAGCAGAAGCCCAUGAACUACACCCAAACGUUCCAGCUUCUGCCGGAUGGCCAGGGAAGCUACUUUGUCUUCAACGAUGUUUUCCGCCUGGUCUACUCUUCCUCGUAA